AUGCGCGCCCGCUUGCGUGGGCUUGGACUUUUGGGGGGGACAUGGAUGGGCCCGACAAGGCGAUCCGAGCGUGAACGAGCCAUGCAGUGGCCAGUCGCCGCAUCCACGGCGCCUGUGAGCAGAGGAGCGUGGGCGUGCGACGUCGGUCUCGCUGCACCGAAAGAAGCAUGGAAAUCUCCCGCUCGCCCAAUGGGUGCGCCUCGCUCCUCCAUGGCCAAUGGGCGGCCCGCAGGUGAGCAGGAUGACAUGGAGGCCAGCGUCGCCAUGGCAGAUUCCCUGGCAGAGGGCGUGCCAGACGUGUGCCGUUCCCUGGCCGAUGACGAAAGAAUACGUAGUCGGCGGCCAAAUGGGCCUGCCUGUGCUAUGCGAGCGGCCAAGUGGGCUGCUCUAAUAGCAAAAUACUGCUACACUACUGCUACUCCAACUGGGAAUACUUACUCGCACUACUACGCAAUUAUCCGUGUAGGGAACUGCACCGCACCGCACUGCACAUCCACCGCCUCUGACAGGCUGCCGUGGGCCAGUUCACGCGUCUUUGGCGACGGCGGUUGCUGGCCUGUUCGGUUUCCGCACGCACAUGCAAGGCCAUGCAGCGGGCAGCUAGCCGCAGUCGCUCAUGUUUGGUACCGAGUGGGCUGGUUUCCCUUGGAGACGGUCUCCAUGGUACGCAUACGGCUACACGCUACACGCUACACGCACCACGCUGAACCACUCCGAGGCCACCCUCUCGUCUCGGCGGCGCGACUCACUCUAGCUGUGGAUGUACACUACUAUCAGGCGGGGGGCGCACGCAAACUCAUCGUUUCACCCCCUCCACCUGCUGCGCUACAGGGAGCACCCAUCCGCCAUGGGUCUGAGCCGCGUCGAGCUAGCCGGUUGCUUCUCUGGCAACGCGCUGCACACGGCGACAUGGACCGGCCUGGUGCAGCCAUCUAAGUAUUAU